GCGUCCUCGCGGGCGCGAGCGGGGCGGAGCCGAGCAGUGAUGGCGGACGAUGGGGAGGGGAGGCUGAGGACUGAGGGGAGCAGCGACGGCGGCGGCGGCUCGGCGGGCGGGGGUGCGGGGGAGCCGCCGGCCGGCGCGGCGGCGGCGGUGGGCGGCGAGAUGCUGCUGAACGUGGGGCUGCUGGCGCUGGCGCUGCUGGCGGCCUACCGGCUGUACCUGCGCUGGGGGACGCGGAACGGGCCGGGGGGCGCGGCUCGGCAGAGCCAGGCCGCCGCUCUGCCGCGGAUGAAGCGGCGGGAUUUCUCCCUGGAGCAGCUGCGCGAGUUCGACGGGGCCCGCAACCCCCGCAUCCUCCUGGCUGUCAACGGCAAAGUCUUCGACGUGACCAAAGGCAGCAAGUUCUACGGGCCCGAGGGUCCAUAUGGAAUAUUUGCUGGCAGAGAUGCCUCCAGGGGACUAGCAACUUUCUGUCUAGAUAAAGAUGCACUCAGAGAUGAAUAUGAUGACCUAUCGGACUUAAAUGCUGUACAGAUGGAAAGUGUAAGAGAGUGGGAAAUGCAAUUUAAAGAAAAAUAUGACUACGUAGGUAGACUCCUAAAACCAGGGGAAGAACCAUCAGAAUACACAGAUGAGGAAGAUACCAAGGAUCACACUAAACAGGAAUGAACUUUGUAAACAACCAAAGUCAGGGGCCUUCGGAACUGCAACCUCUUUAUUCCCCAUCACAGAAUGUCCUGCAUCUUUGGGUACAGUUCAUCUGCUGCGAAAAACAUUCAACAGGUUUUGUACAAGGAAAAUAAUAUACUCACAAAUGAAGAUUUGAAUACUAGACAUUAUUUGUGCUGCCAAACUUUUUGUUGCAGUUUAUUUGUAAUGUCUGGUUAGGCUUCAGUAGUGAAGAGGGGCCAGGGAUUGAAAGGCAAAACCGCUAUUCCUUUUUAUCAGUAAGCUGAAGCCUUCAAAUAGUAAAUAUUGCAAGCUCUCUAAAAGACGCGAGUCUUCAAGCUCAGUGGAAGGUUUGAAUCUUGUUUCAUGUGUGUCUUCUUUCUUCAGCAUUAAAGACGUACUCAUGUACAUCAGUAUCAGUAGGUUAGACUACUGAAACUGGUGUUAAAAUGUGAAUUUUCAAUUUCGUUUUGUAUGUGGGUGUUAGUAGCCCUGGCAGAAUACUUCAGUUCUCUAAGAGAAGUCCAUGUAGAUUAGGAUGGGGGUAAAAUUCGUCCUUUCCUCAAAAGGAUUGGGUAAAACUGUUUCCUCUGCAACAGCUAUUAUCUGAAGCCUGCCUCUCCCCCCUUUUCUCAUCCUCUAAAUCAAAUCAAAUCAAAUCUUAAUUGUGCCUUAUUUCGCUUACAUAGACUUGAAUUGUUUUAAGGGACAGCCCCAAAAUUCUGGUUUCAUAGUCACUACAAGCAGCAUUGAGACUGAAGUUAGAAUGUUCUGUUGACUGGAAAACCUUGAUGUCAUUCUGUGUAUAGAAUGUAAAAGAGGAAUACUCAGUGUUACUGCCAUAUGUUAAUACUACAUAUACUUAAAUUAGCAUUGUGAUGGCCAAAUGCAUACUCCCAUGCUUCUUUUUAAGUAAUUACAAACACACAAAAAAUUCACCCUUCCUCCUCUUCCAGAAGCUGCCUAACUUUUGGGAGCAUAGCCUUCACACCCCCGUAGAGUGAAGGGGCCUGCGCGCGUGUGUAUGUGUGUGUGUCUGUCUGAAUGCAAGACUUGGGAGGGAUUGUUUCUGCAGAUAUUGUAAAUACGAGUACCAUUUUAAUAAAGCAUGUACAAUACCA